AUGGAGGGUUUGAAGGUGGAAUGGAGAAGAACAGACUCAGAGACUCUGGUUCAUCUGUAUGAAGAUGGUGAGAGUCGACCAGAGGCCCAGCAGCAGGAUUAUCAUGAUAGAGCUCAUUUCUUUACUGAUGAGAUUCAACAUGGAAACUUCUCCCUCCGCCUGGACAAUUUGAAAAGUGGAGAUAAAGGAGAAUACACAUGCAAAGUUUACAGUCAGCAGGAUUCUCUUUUUUCAACUAAAAUUACUUUGAAAAAGGGGUUGAUUGUAAAAUGUACCUCUGCUCCUCCGGUUGUUCCUUUUGGAGCAUCAGUGGUUCUGCCUUGUUAUUGUUAUAAACAUUUACGAUCAGAGGGUCUGAAGGUGGAAUGGAGAAGAACAGACUCAGAGACUCUGGUUCAUUUGUAUGAAGAUGGUGAGAGUCGACCAGAGGCCCAGCAGCAGGAUUAUCAUGAUAGAACUCAUUUAUUUACUGAUGAGAUUCAACAUGGAAACUUCUCCCUCCGCCUGGACAAUCUGAGAGUUGAAGAUGAGGGAGAAUACACAUGUAACAUUUACAGAAAACAGACACCUGUGUUCUCUGCUAAAACUAGUUUGGAAUUGAGUCUACUUGAUUCAUUCCUCUGCCUUCAUCUGUAUCUAGUCUUCUGCCCAAAUGUGAUCAUGUUUUUUGCUUUUGUCUUCUGGGGUGUUUCUGAAGGAUCUCUGAAUGAAACGGUCUCUUGUUGUGCUCUUUAUUUUCUGAGACCUCUCAUGUUGCUUUGGGCUGCUCCAUAUAUUAAUGACUUUACAGACAAGUUUCAAACAUGGACUCUGAAAUACAGUUAUGUUGCAGAAUAUGUGGUUCUCUCACUUGUUAUUUAUUCAGUUCUUUUUGCAAGUGCUUGGGAAAAACUUCUGAAUUAUUCUGUACUUAACCAAUUCGUGAUAAUACUCCUGUUUGCAAUAGCAUUUCUGUGCUGCUUCUGUAGAAUCAUUUACUUUUUAGUUACUGAGAUUGGAAAGAAAAGUGGACGGAUAAUUGAAAUAUUUGACCUCUUGACUGAUAUGACCUCUGAUAUUCUGCCUACAUUACAAUUCAUCCUCCUGUUCUUCACGUUUGGAACUGCCAGAGGAGGAUUCAUCGUUGUCAUUUUACCAGCGUUACUAAUGCUGACAAAUGACAGAUGGUUUUAUAGAUGUCGAAGGGUUGGCUGUUCACGUUCAGUUAUAAGAACUCUGAUGUUAAUCUUCAUAUUAGUGAUUAAUGCAGUGAUGAUCGGUCUUUACAUAGUGACACUGGAAAAUAAAACAGAUCCUAUUGGAUGGGGCUGUGUGAUGGUGUUUCUGCAGAUAUUCUGGACCGUUAUGAGGUUUACAGAUGUUACUUACAUUUAUCUCAGAUUUGAUCAGGAUUUUCGCCGUAUUGUCCCGGUGUAUCUGUUUGGAUCAGUUUGUGUUGUUUUACUGACCUCCAUUGCACUAAUAACAGAAAUGAUACUGAAAACAGUGAAUGGUGAUCGUAAAGUUGGAGAUCUGAGAUCUAUUGUCUUUCCUUUUGAAUGUUUAUUUGCCGCAUCUGUGCUGAUUUCAGGAUUCUUUCAAUCUCAGAUUGCAAAGUGUCUGAAGUCUUGUCAGGGCACAGUGAGAUCUAAACGAAUGCCAGUCAGCAGAUCACAGCAGAACCAGAACACAGCAGAAACACAAGAGAUGAGCCCUCUGAAGACUGAAGAUCAGGAGGAAAUUCAAACAUGAGAAAGGGAUUAUUCCAGAUUUAACUCUAAACACCUUAAGAUUUUUAAGCACAAUUUUCUGCAAAGCUGCUUUGAAACAAUAUCGAUUGUAAAAAAAAAAAAAAAAAAAAAAAAAAAAACACCAAAUACAAAAUUGCACACUGACCAUUUGAUCAAAAUCUAAUGUGCUCCAACACUGAUUCAGUGUAAUGAUGUUAUUUAUUGUUAUAGCAAACUUAAAACAAAGUGAUUUGUGUUACUCCUUUUGCUUGUUUAACUGAAGUGACUCACAAUUAAACUUUAAGUUUAUUUUUCUGACUUUAUUUGCAGAUAUUUUUGCUUGUUUUAAGUAUUAAGCUCAUUGAAUUCUGAUUCAUUUCUCUGAGACAAUAUCUUGCCAGUUUGAUUCUCAUAAAUAUAUUUUACUUAAAUAUUUGUAUUAGAAAAAAUAAAAUACUGAGUAACAAUAUAAUUUUUGGUCCCACUUUAUAUUAAGUGGCCUUAACUACUAUGUACUUACAUUUAAAUUAAUCAUUUGAUACAAUGCACUUAUUGUGUACAUACAUGUUUUUACAUUGUACUUAUAUUUUAAAAACACCUGCAUGUAAUUACAUCUGUAAUUACACUGUUGACCCAUCCCUUACACCUUACCCCUACCCUUAAACCUACCAAUACCACCAAAGCUUUGCCUAACCUUACCCGUAUCCCACCUCAAUAGCAGCAAAAGUGUUUUGCAAUUUAAUAUGAACCCAAUAAGUACAUUGUACUUAUUUUUUGAUGUAAGUACAUAGUAGUUAAGGCCACUUAAUAUAAAGUGGGACCUAAUUUUUUUUUUUUUUGUAGUGUGGGACUGCAGUAUUAUGCAUUUUAUUACAAUACAGAGAAGCAGCCAAGCAGAGUAUGAUUUGUGCAAUUAAAAUGGCCAUUUGGUUGUCACAUAAAGAAAAAAUGUGCAUUAAUGAGUCUUGUGACAUUGACCUGAGACAUUUAAAUAUAAAUGGGGUGUAAAUCAAUGUAUUUGUAAUGUUGACUAUAAUAAUUAUAAUAAUUUUUACAAUAAUUUUAUUUUAGUUUUUCAUAUACUUUUUUUUUUUUUUUUUGAUAAUGUGAUUGUUUUGAAAUGUUAUAAUUAAUUGCCUUAAUUAAUGAUUCUUCUAUGAAUU